AUGCCAGACCAGGAUCUGGCGGGCUUCCUGGAGAGAGGCAUUCGGUGGGGAUUCACAAUUGGCUUCAAGCCCGGUAGCGCCUUGGAGCCAGCCACCUCUAAUAUGUCCUCAGUCACAGACAAGCCGGAGGUAGUGAGCAAGUACAUUGAGGAGGAGGUGGCAGCCGGCAGGCUCCGCCCUUCCACAGUCACUCAGCUCAGCCCCAUUGGUCUGAUCCCAAAAAAGAAUAAACCAGGGUGCUUUCGGAUGAUAGUAGACCUAUCAUCCCCCAAAGGCCGCUGUGUUAAUGACGGGAUCCCCUCCAAGCUCUGCUCUCUCCACUAUGCCUCAGUUGCUGAGGCAGCUCAGCGAAUGGUCCAGUGUGGUCGCGGGGCUCUCAUGGCAAAAAUUGACUUGAAAUCUGCAUACCGCAUGGUGCCGGUCCGCCCAGAGGACAGCCUCCUUCUGGGUAUUCAGUGGGAAGGUAUCACCUAUGCCGAUUUCGCUUUGCCUUUUGGACUUAGGUCUGCCCCAAUACUGUUCUCAGCAGUAGCUGAUGGUCUGGCUUGGGCUCUUUUCAGGUCAGGGGUGGAAUUUUCUAUUCACUACCUGGACGAUUUCUUCUUUUGUGGCCCUCCCAGUUCGCUAGUAUGUCGCAGGGCCAUGGAGAUAGCUCUACCACUCUGCCAAAAACUGGGUCUACCAGUGGCCCCUGAAAAGGUGGAGGGUCCUGCUACUUCCCUCACCUUCUUAGGCAUUCAGCUCAACUCCGAUGCCAUGUCCCUGUCGCUCCCCCAGGAGAAACUGGCUUCUCUUAAACUCCGCCUAUCGGCUUGGGUAAACGCUCAGGCAGCCACAAAGCAGGAGCUUCAGGAACUCCUGGGCCACUUGAACCACGCAGCGGCCGUGGUGCGUCCUGGGAGAUCAUUUGUCAGAGCAAUCAUUGAGGCCAUGAAGCGUCCCCGUCUCCCCCAUCAGAAGACCAGACUGGAUGCAAACUGUAAAGCAGACAUCAAAUGGUGGUCCUUGUUCGUGGCAGACUGGAACGGGAUCUCUGCCCUUCCCCCUUCCUGCCCAGUCACAUGGGUCAUUAGUGAUGCAUCUGGUUCAUGGGGCUGUGGGGCUUUUGACCAAUACCACGGCUCAUGGUUCCAGUUACCUUGGCCAGCAUCCUGGGCCGAGGUCAAUAUCGCGGCCAAGGAGCUUCUCCCAGUGGUCAUUGCCGCAGCGGUAUGGGGGAGGCGCUGGGCGGGUCAGCGGGUGUUGUUUCUCUCAGACAAUACAGCUGUUGUUGCAGCACUGUCAUCCCGCUCAGCCUGCCACCCAAUUCUGGCACACCUCCUUAAAUGCCUGUUUUUUUGGGAAGCAAAAUUUGAUUUCGAGCACUCGGCAGAUCACAUACCUGGCUGCCUCAGAGCCCACCUCCAUCCCACCUCCGCUAGCUCACCUGCUCACAGACCACAAUCUUCAGUGGACCUCUCCCAGCUGGGCGAAGUUGUUCAAAGAUACUUUGAGCAUGGUCUAGCCCCAUCUUCUAAUCGUACGUACUCCUCAGCUAAAUCAUGCUGUAUGAACUUUUGUCACAGUGCUGGUCUUGCCCCUUACCCAUUGUCACAAGGUACUCUAUGUUUGUUUGCAGCAUUCUUAGCCCAGCGGCGGUUGGCCCCUAGGUCUAUCUCCACCAACUUAUCAGCAGUCAGGCAUCUAGAGGUACAGUCAUCAGCAACCAGCUCUACAAGGUCAGACUGGCCUUACCUGCAGUAUGUUCUUAGGGGAAUCAAACUGACUGCUCAGGGCAAUCUGAUGGUUCGUUCCAGGCUCCCAAUUACCCCUGUCAUUCUGCGGAAGUUGAGGGCAGUCUGGGACAUUCAGUCUUCCUUUCUCCAUCUCCUCCUCUGGACAACUGCAACCGUGGCCUUCUUUGGCUUCAUGCGUCUCGGGGAGGUGACGUCCACUUCAGGUUCUCGCCCUUCCAUUGUUGCCGAGAAUGUUGCCAUUGAUUCCCACCAUUCUCCCACUAUCAUCCGCCUGACAGUUCUCCAUUCCAAAACGGACCCCUUUGGCAAGGGAGCUAUGGUAUUCCUGGGCAAGACAGGUGAUGAGCUGUGUCCAGUCGCAGCACUGCUGAUGUACCUCGCUAAGCGCCCAGGUCCUAGGACUGGUCCUCUGUUAAUACGAGAAGAUGGACAGCCUCUUUCUCGUGACCAAUUUGUUCAUUUCCUCAAGGAGGCAUUGGGGAGGUGUGGGAUUGACUCUGGUAGGUACUCAGGCCACAGUUUCCGCAUUGGCGCAGCUACCUCAGCAGCCCAAGCAGGAGUACCUGACCAUCUGAUUAAGGCCAUGGGCCACUGGAACUCUGAAGCCUACCAGGUCUAUAUCCAGUCACCUCCUUCCGUCCUAGUAGCAGUAGCUCUCUCGUCAAAAGGCCCGACUGCCUGA